UGGUUUGUGUUUGUAAGUGUCUUCUGCUUAUGUCAAUUGAGAGUAUAUGCUUUUUUAUUAAUUGAUUACUAUGUGUUUUAACUGUAUCCCAUGAAACCUUCUAUUCAAAUAACUGGAAAACCAGUACUGUUCCGCCAUAAGGGAUACUGAAAGAAAGAUGAGCAAGUCGUGGGAAUGGAGCUGCAAGAUUCAAUCUCCGCAGAACAAGUCUCUCAUGCAUCAGGAAGAGGUCAUUGAACACCCUCUUAGGCCUGGUGUUGUAGUGGUGAGUGAGGGUGGGAGGGGAGGCAGCAAGAAGGCAGGGAGCUCGUCUACCCCCACUCCAACCCCUCCAGUGGAUCCGCUCACUGUCGCUCUUGAUGGUUCGGACCCCUUGAGUCAGUUCCUCAAUCAAGAUCCACUCUCGGCCAUCGCGGCUGAAACGUGGAAUAAGAAAUGGGAGAAGGAGGACCAUCAAAAUCUAGGAAAAAAGAUGGAGAGUCCCAGUGAAAUUGAGUCUUGGUCAGUGAGGAAGUCAGCCAUACUGAGCAAAUUCUCAGCAACUUCGGUUAAAAUGUCAAUGGUUGGAAGUUUCAUCACGGGUGGUGAAGAAGUGGCGGUGAAGUCAUACAGGUCGACGACCAAGACUAGACUGGAGCAGCUGGACGACUACGAGGAGGGGUCAGUGCGGGGAGUGUGGGGUCUGACGCCACAGCAGUACACGGGGCAGAUAGAGCAGCUCAGUCAAGGGCUGGUGCAGGCAUGGAAUGAAGACCAAAGGGUGAAAGCACUCAAGAUCGCCAUACAGUGCUCCAAACUUCUGGUGGAUAUCUCUGGCGUACAGUUCUACCCAAGCAAGUUUGUCCUCAUCACAGACAUCCUGGACACAUUUGGUCAGUUGGUGUACGACAGGCUGGUAGUCAAAUCAGAUAACACAGUUCGCCUAGGUUCUAGGAGCGCGUCACUGCCUGAGAACUUCGGGCCGGAGAUGGUACCAGAAUCUGCCAAGGAGACUUGUCGUAACUGGUUCUACAAGAUAGCUUCCAUCAGGGAACUGGUACCCUCGUUUUGUAUGUGGAGGCAGCCAUCUUGAACUGUUACAGCUUCCUCAAUAAGGGAGAGCUGACACAGGCCCUAAAGAGGCUGACUUUGAUGGUGAGAGGGAUCGGGAACCCGCUGGUGGCAGUGUACGCACGAUGCUAUCUCUGCCGUGUCGCCAUGAGUGUUCCACACAUUGACAGAAACUCUGCUCAAGGA